AUGUCGGCCGGAGCGGUCUCCUACCCGAACGGGGCCACCUUCACCUGUAAUUCGGGAUACACACUGAACGGGGUUGCUACUCCGACAUGUCAAGCUGACGGAACGUGGAGUAACCCUGUUCCAACAUGCCAACCGGUCCAAUGUCCGGCCCGGACGGCCCCAACUAACGGAGCGGUGAAUCCUACCGGAGCGGUCUCCUACCCGAACGGGGUCACCUUCACCUGUAAUACGGGAUACACACUGACCGGCGCUGCUACUCCGACAUGUCAAGCUGCUGGAACAUGGAGUCAUCCUGUUCCUUCAUGCACACCGAGACCAUGUCCGACGUUGACGGCCCCAACUAACGGAGCUCUGAGUCCUCUCGGGCCACACGCCUUCCCGACAGUGGUCACCUUCACCUGUAACUCGGGAUACGUACGGAACGGCGCUGCUGAUACGACAUGCCGAGCUGACGGAACAUGGAGUAAUCCUGUUCCAACAUGCACAGUUGGACAAUGUCCGUCUCUGACGGCCCCAGCUAACGGAGCUAUCAGUACCACAGCGACUUCCUUCAAUACCGUGGUCACCUUCACCUGUAACACGGGAUACACACUGAACGGCGCUACUUCGACGACCUGCCAAGACGGAACAUGGAGUAAUCCUGUUCAUACAUGCACACCGGUCCAAUGUUCGGCCCGGACGGCCCCAGCUAACGGAGCGGUGACUCCUACCGGAGCGGUCUCCUACCCGAACGGGGCCACCUUCACCUGUAAUACGGGGUACCGACUGAACGGCGUUGCUACUCCGACGUGCCAAGCUGACACAACGUGGAGUAACCCUGUUCCAACGUGCGAACCGAUCCAAUGUCCGACUCUGACGGCCCCGGCUAACGGAGCGCUCAGUACCACAGAUACCGCCAUCCGGACCGUGGUCACGACCACCUGUAACGCGGGAUACCAACUGAGCGGCGCUGCUAGUACGACCUGCCAAGCUGGCGGAACAUGGAGUAAUCCCGUUCCGACAUGCACACCGGUCCAAUGCGCGGGUAGGAAUGCUCCAGCUAACGGAGCGGUGAGUCCUACCGGACCGGUCUCCUACCCGAACGGGGUCACCUUCACCUGUAACACGGGAUACACACUGAACGGCCAAGCUACUCCGACGUGCCAAGCUGACACAACGUGGAGUAACCCUGUUCCAACAUGCCAAGUAGACCUGGUCUUCCUCGUAGACAGCUCGGAGAGUUUCAGAACAAGCGGUUUCGAGGAUGCAAAGACGUUUGUCCAGAAUGUAGUCAACUAUUUUACAUUGGGAGAAGACGACACAAGGGUCGGUGUUGUGACGUACAGCAACGAGGACGAGCAGGUUACUCGGGUUAGGCUCAAUGAAAAGUACGGGAGAGUUGAGCUUUUAACUGAGAUCCGCAACAUUCCCUACGACAGAGGGCAUACCUUCACUGGACUUGGUCUCGAUCACGUGCGCAACAAUUCGUUCCUCCCUGCAAACGGCCGGCGGAGCAGUACUCCGGACUUUUUGAUCGUACUGACCGACGAUGAAUCUGAGGACUCCGUCAGCGGCCCGGCACAGCUCGUACGCGACAUGGGCAUCACCGUGUUUGUUGUGGGCGUUGGCGAGGAAAGCGACAUUAGUCAAGCUACACUAGAGACUAUUGCUGGUGAUCCUAACAGGGUGUUCAGACUGACGGACCACGAUUUCCUCGAGCAAGACGCGCGCGCCGCACCUAUAAGGGAGAACAUUUGUAACGCGAUCCAGUGUCCGCCUCUGACGGCCCCGGCUAACGGAGCGCUCAGUACCACAGAUACCGCCAUCCGGACCGUGGUCACGACCACCUGUAACGCGGGAUACCAACUGAGCGGCGCUGCUAGUACGACCUGCCAAGCUGGCGGAACAUGGAGUAAUCCCGUUCCGACAUGCACACCGGUACAAUGUGCGGGUAGAAAUGCUCCAGCUAACGGAGCGAACUCGGUCACCUUCACCUGUAACUCGGGAUACACACUGAACGGCCAAGCUACUCCGACGUGCCAAGCUGACGGAACUUGGAGUCAUCCUGUUCCGACAUGCACACGUAAAAUGACUGUACAAUGUCCGGCUCGGACGGCCCCAGCUAACGGAGCGGUGAGUCCUACCGGAGCGGUCUCCUACCCGAACUCGGCCACCUUCACCUGUAACACAGGAUAUCAACUGAACGGCGCUGCUACUCCGACGUGCCAAGCUGACGGAACAUGGAGUAGUCCUGUUCCAACAUGCCAAGUCGUACAAUGUCCGGCCCGGACGGCCCCAGCUAACGGACAGGUGAGUCCUACCGGAGCGGUCUCCUACCCGACCGGGGUCACCUUCACCUGUAACUCGGGAUACGCAAUCAACGGCGUUGCUACUCCAACCUGCCAAGCUGACGGAACAUGGAGUCAUCCUGUUCCAACAUGCACACCCAGACAAUGUCCGGCGUUGACGGCCCCAGCGUUCGGAGUCCUGCGUCCUAUCGGAGCUAGGUCCUACCAGGACACGGUCACCUUUGAAUGCAACCCGGGAUACACACUGAACGGCGCUACCUCUGCCACGUGCCGAGCUGACGGAACAUGGAGUGAUACUGUUCCAACAUGCACACCGGUCCAAUGUCCGGCUCGGGCGGCCCCAGCUACUGCUGGAACGUGGAGUCAUCCUGUUCCGACAUGCCAAGCUGUACAAUGCCCGGUGUUGAAUCCUCCAACUAACGGAGCGCUGAGUCCUACCGGUACGAGGGACUACCAGACCGUGGUCACGUUCACCUGUGACCCGGGAUAUGAAUUGGUCGGCGCAACUACUACAACGUGUCAGGCUAACGGAAGAUGGAGCAACUCUGUUCCAACAUGUAGAGCUGUGCAGUGCAAUGUUCUGACGGCUCCCGUAAACGGAGCAUUGAGUCCUGUCGGAGCGAACUCCUACCGGGACGUGGUUACGUUCACCUGUAACCAGGGUUACGAUCUGAUUGGUGCCGCCAGUAUUACCUGCCAGGGAAACCGCACGUGGAGCAAACCUGAACCGAUAUGCAGACCUGAGAGCUGUGACCGACUGGAUCGUGAGGGUUGGGACAUCGUCUUCCUGAUGGACUCCACCAGCAGCGUGAAGUUCGGCAGAGUCAAGAACCUGACCCGCGACAUCGCCGACCGCCUCCUCACCGACGGCAGUAACACUCGCGUGGGCGUGGUCCAGUUUAGCAACAACCCGGCGGCCAUUUUUGAACUCAAUACGUACAACACAAAGUCUGCGGUCAUAACAGCAAUCAAUACGGCUCAAAGGCGUAGCGGUGGUACCUUUGCCGGGAGUGCACUUACUUACGUAAAAGAGGUUAGCUUCUCUACCGCAAACGGCGGCCGCCCGGAUCGGCCCGAUGCGCUCAUCGUGGUGACGGACGGCAUGACGUUUGAUGACAUCAGCUACGCGUCCCAGGCCGUGCGUGAGCAGGGCAUCACCACCUUCGCCGUCGGGGCGGGCGACGCGGUGGACAGCCAGGCUCUCAGGGUCAUGGCGGUAGAUCCCUACAAGGUUCGGAUAGUAACGAAUGACACCCAGCACGUGGAAACGGUCGAAGCCAUCUGGAGGUGGUUUUGCCUAGCCGACGUGUGCACACGUCCCGCAAAUCCGGCAAACGGCAUACGGCGCGGUACGAUCUACCAGGGAGAGAGGAUGUACUUCAGCUGCGACGACAACUUCGUCCUGGACGGAACAACACCCCUCACCUGCACUGGCAACUUCAGCAGUUCCACCGGCUCGUGGAGUGCUGCUGUCCCUACCUGCAAACCUGCGUGCACCCCCAAUCCGUGCUUGAAUGGAGGGGUAUGCACUCCGACUCCCUCGGGAUACCGGUGUCAGUGUCCCCCUGGAUUAUUCGGACGCAACUGUGACUCCCGUGCGACAACUCCAAUGCCAGGAUUGACAACUAGACAGUCAGGUACUGGUUCUGGGCAGAGCGGUCUGAACCUGGACAGGCUGAACGGGCCAGGUUGGGACCUGGUGUUUCUCCUGGACAGUUCGGACAGCGUGGGGAUGCCAGGCUUCCUGAAAGUUCGAAAUGUCACCGAGAAAAUCGUCGAGAGGUUGCCACUGCGUAACAACGAGACGCACAUCGGUCUGGCGCAGUACAGCGAUCAAACUAAACAAGAGUCCUUGCUGAAAAACUAUCAAAACAAGAACGCGACCCUUGAGAAAAUCCAGGGCAUCAUGCCAUUGGGUGGAGGCACUUUGCUUGGAGAAGCCAUUACUAACGCUCGAACGGUCAGCUUUAGUGAAGAGAAUGGGAACCGUCCGAACAUACCGGACGCCCUUGUCGUUGUGACAGACGCCAACUUCAGAGAUGACGUCGUCAGUGCUUCAGAGGCAGCUCGCAAACAGGGCAUCCACGUGUUUGCCGUGGGAGUCGGGCCUAACGUGGACAGGAACAAGCUGGUAGAGAUCGCGGGAAGAGAGGACAGAGUCUUCAUCGUUCCUACUACAGCCAUGGCGAUUACUUCUGGCAACAAUAUGGCGAACUGGCUUAACACAGCGCCGGAGUGUAGCGAUCCCGGGACGCCAUCGAACGGAUUCACACAGGGAACCACCUUCGUAACCGGUCAGGUGGACUUCGGCUGUAACGACGGCUACACGCUGUUUGGUCCGAGCUCCAUCUCCUGCAACCGGAAUGGUCCAAAUGGCACCUGGUCGGACUCUCUGCCUGUCUGCAGACAGGGUGACCCAUGCAGUCCAAACCCGUGCCCGAGCGGUAGGACAUGUACGCCUGUACUUGUCAACAACGCAACCAGCUUUCGAUGUAUAGAGCACUGUCCCGGCCUGAACAUGCGUGGCUGGGACCUCCUCCUCCUGGUGGACGGUUCCCGUGAAGCGGCGUUCUCCCAGAACAAGGCGUUCGCGCGGGACCUGGUGGACAGGCUGCCGAUUACCGACCAGCAGGCCACCAACAUCGGGCUGGUGCAGUUCAGCGACACCACACGACAGGAGUUCCACCUCAACAGAUACUCCAGCAAGCAGAGCGUUCUGGCGGCCAUCGGCAACAUGAGGCAGACCAGUGGCGGCAGCUUCGUAGGGAGUGCCAUUGAUUAUGCCAGACUGAUCAGUUUUACAGCAGAUAAUGGAAACCGUGCAAACGUGCCUGACGGCAUGGUGGUGGUGACGGACGGCCGGACAGACGAUGCGGUGGACUUCUCCUCCACGGCGGCGCGGCACCAGGGCAUCACGAUUUUCGCCGUGGGGAUCGGGGACAUGGUCAACCGGCAAACACUGGACACCAUCACCAGGGAUCCGGACAAGGUGCUGCUCGUGACGACUCAAGCAUCGAAAACGGCUGCUAUGAACAGGCUUACGGGAUGGCUGUGUAGAGGUAUUUUCUGUGACGAUCCUGGCGCACCGAGGAACGGUUCCAGGCGGGGCAAUUUCUUCCAGGGCGGCUACGUGGACUUCUUCUGUGACGACGGCUUUAUCCUGAACGGCGCCACCCCGACCAGGUGCCAGACCAACGCCAACUGGACGGAGCCGGUCCCAGUCUGCGGACUUACCGGAAGUCAGGCCGCCGCCGGUGGACUCCCUCCCUGGGCUAUUCCCCUGAUUGCCAGUCUGGUGGGGCUGGCUGCCCUCGCUCUGCUGGCCUUCCUGCUCCUGAGCUUCUGUGGAGCAGGUGCAGCCGGCGCCGCUGCGGCCCCGCCCCCGGCUCUGCUCGCCGCCGCUCCGAUCGAGAAAGAAUCCCAGGUGGCCAUCGUCGACUUCGUACCGGACAAAGGAACGGAGGUCCAAACUGCCACCGCCCACAUGUACUAAAUCUGCGGCAAAAAUUAGCAUUAGCUAAGCUGAAUAUUUCCAUUCUUUGUAUUCGUUUUGAUUAUCAUAUCACUGCAUCAAUGUCCAAACUCCAAAUUUUAUAACUUAGUUAUGGAGAAUGGGAGAAAUGCCUCACAUUACUAUUUAAAAGUGUUUUGUUCGAUCUUUUUUAUUCUGUAUCUGUAUCUGUAUAGCCGGUAUAACCGCCUUUCGGCGUAACACACCAGCUCUGUAUUACUUUCAUUCAGUAUUACUUUCAUUCUGUUCAAGUUUUUACGUGAUUCACCGCCGUCUUUUUCCAUCCUGCAAGUU